AUGUUGGGCUCUCUUUUGUUGCUUGCUCCUCUUGCGGGAGCGGCCGUUAUUGGGUCCCGCUCCAAUAAUACCGAACCGUGUCCAGGGUACAAGGUUUCCAAUGUGCGCGAAGGUGUCAAUUCAUUGACUGCCGAUUUGUCCCUCGCUGGCAAACCCUGCAACACCUACGGCACAGACCUCAAGGACCUGAAGCUUCUCGUCGAAUAUCAAACCGAACGUCCAGAUGAGCGUCUCCAUGUAAUGAUAUAUGAUGCCAACGAGCAAGUCUACCAAGUUCCCGAAUCUGUCGUUCCGCGUGUGGAAGGCCGCAAAGGCGCCCGCCCACAUUCCGCGCUCAAGUUCACCUACGAAGAGGAACCUUUCUCUUUCACUGUGACCAGAGACGAUGAAGUAUUGUUUGACACGUCUGCGUCAAACCUGAUCUUCCAAUCCCAGUAUCUGAACCUUCGCACCUGGCUCCCUGAGGACCCCUAUCUGUAUGGCCUGGGAGAGCAUACUGACUCCCUCCGUCUGCCCACCACCAACUACACCCGCACCAUCUGGAACAGGGAUUCCUACGGCGUGCCUCAGAACAGCAAUCUGUACGGUGCGCAUCCUGUGUAUUAUGACCACCGUGGCGAGUCGGGCACUCACGGCGUGUUCCUGCUCAACUCCAACGGUAUGGAUAUUCGCAUCGACAAGACCGAGGAUGGACAGCAAUAUCUCGAGUACAACACUCUGGGAGGCGUGUUCGACUUCUACUUCUUCACUGGCUCCACUCCCAAGGAGACCAGCAUGGAAUAUUCGAAGAUCGUCGGCCUUCCUGCUAUGCAGAGCUAUUGGUCUUUCGGAUUACAUCAAUGCCGAUAUGGCUACCGUGAUGUUUAUCAGGUUGCUGAGGUGGUUUACAACUACAGCAAGGCGGGAAUUCCCCUCGAAACCAUGUGGACCGAUAUCGACUACAUGAAUGCCCGGAAAGUCUUCACUCUCGAUCCGGAGCGAUUCCCUCUCCCCAAGAUGCGUGAGCUUGUGGAUUACCUGCACAAGCAUGACCAGAAAUAUAUUGUCAUGGUUGACCCUGCUGUGAGCGCCGUCGAUAAUGAGGCCUAUGAGCACGGCGUUGACCAGGGCAUCUUCCUCCAGCAGCAGAACGGAAGCCUUUACAAAGGCGCCGUGUGGCCUGGUGUGACCGUUUAUCCCGACUGGUUCCACCCCGACAUCCAGGAAUAUUGGAAUAGCGAAUUCAGCGCUUUCUUCAGUGCCGAUGACGGUGUUGAUAUUGACGGUCUUUGGAUUGAUAUGAAUGAGGCUGCUAACUUCUGUACCUGGCCUUGCGCGGACCCCGAGCAAUACGCAAUCGACAACGAUCUUCCCCCGGCACCUCCAGCCGUCCGCCCCAGUAACCCGCGCCCCUUGCCUGGAUUCCCUGACAGCUUCCAGCCCUCGUCCUCCAAGCGUGCCGUGAAACGGGCCGGAGGCUCUAAAGGUGCGAAGGUCGGACUCCCUGGCCGCAAUCUGGUGGACCCUCCGUACAAGAUUCAGAACGCUGCUGGAUCCAUCAGCAACAAGACCAUCAACACCGAUAUCAUUCACGCAGGCGAAGGAUACGCCGAGUAUGAUACCCACAAUCUCUAUGGAACAAUGAUGAGCUCUGCCUCCCGCGGCGCCAUGUUGAACCGACGCCCUGAUGUGAGACCUUUGAUUAUCACUCGUAGCACCUUUGCUGGUGCAGGAUCCCAUGUUGGACACUGGCUCGGCGACAACCUCAGCCAGUGGGAUCAAUACCGUAUCUCGAUCUCCCAGAUCGUUGCCUUCGCUUCCAUGUUCCAGGUUCCCAUGGUCGGUGCUGAUGUGUGCGGCUUUGGUGGCAACACGACCGAGGAGCUCUGCGCCCGCUGGGCCGCACUGGGCGCAUUCUACACCUUCUACCGCAACCACAACGAAAUCGGCAGCACAAGCCAGGAGUUCUACCAGUGGCCGACGGUUGCUGAUUCCGCCCGCAAGGCCAUUGAGAUCCGCUACAAGCUCCUCGACUACAUUUACACCGCGUUCCACAAGCAGACGGAGACCGGCGAGCCGUUUCUCCAGCCGAUGUUCUAUCUGUACCCCGAGGACGAGAACACCUUCGCCAACGACGUGCAGUUCUUCUACGGUGACGCCCUCCUUGUCAGCCCGGUCCUCACUGAGGGCAGCACCUCUGUGGACGCGUACUUCCCCGACGACAUUUUCUACGACUGGUACACGGGCGCACCUGUGCGUGGCCACGGGGCCAAGAAGACCCUCGAGAACAUCGACGUGACGCAUAUCCCGCUGCACGUCCGCGGAGGCAACAUCAUCCCCGUCCGGUCGUCCGGCGCGAUGACCACGAAGGAGCUGCGCAACAAGAGCUUCGAGCUGAUCAUCGCCCCUGGCCUCGACGGAACCGCCUCCGGCAGUCUGUACCUGGAUGACGGCGAUUCCUUGGAGCAGAAGGGUACUGCGGAGAUCAAGUUCGAGUACCGUCGCGGCAAGCUUUCCGUGAAGGGCUCGUUUGGCCGCAGCGCCGCCGGCGUCAAGGUCCAGGCUGUCAAGGUGCUGGGCCAGAAAGCCGAGUCGCGUAUGUCCGCAUUCCGCUCGACUGAGUUUGAGCUUACGAGGCCGAUGGAGAUCUCGCUGCAGUAG